GAUUAAAAAAGAUUGGGUCAGGUUUUAAUCCUUUGCCGAGGGGGACGAUGACGGAGGCUGGAGGCAGGUUUAUAGGGAGCCGCAACUGGAUGGAGCUGCAAAUUCCACUCAGGAAUAUUGUCUCCACUGACAGCUACAACAGGAGGUGCAACCAUGAAGCUAGUGUUGGCUGUUGCGGUCCUCCUGAUAACUUUGUCUGCAGUGGUGGCAGACUCCAAUGAAGACGGUGGGAAAGAGCCCACCUUGGCCGAGAAAUUUGAGAAGUUUCAAAAGGAGGUCCAGACUUUUGUUGAUAACCUUGGUGAGAAGACCAAAGUUGCGCUCCGUGAAUUCCACAACAGCGAAUUCAGCAACAAAACCAGGAACUGGCUUUCCGAGAGUUUCCAGAAGUUGAAGAAAAAAAUUGAAUCCAUAACCUCCCAAGAUGGAUCUGACUGAAUGUCCCUGGAUUCCAUCAGUGCUAGAGAAGAUGGUCAUGUAAUCCCAACCGUAGCAGUGGGAAAAAAAUAAAUAAAUCUCGAGAGAGGUUGACCAGAAACUCCAACCUUUCAUUUUCUACUUUUUCAACCCAUCAUUAGACAUAAAUACAGAGAAGAAGAAAAAAAAAUUAAGUACGAG